AUGAAAGAUCUACAACAACUUCUCAGUCGCAUUCGACCUGAUUUCCGUCUGCAUGAUCAACAAAGGCCGUCUACGACUGUAAUCGAAGAAAAUGACGUGGUUAAUGACAUAAGAACGGCUGAUACCCGCCGACUUGUAAUGGGAACCUUAACUGUUGUUGAUCCAGAUGAUUCAGCCGUUCAAUCACGUUUCAAACAAGAAAAGAAACAGUCUAAACCAAAACCAGAGUUUUAUACAUCAAACUCAUCGUCUACGGAAGAUCGCAUGUGUUUCUUGCGAUGGCAGAUAGCUAUUGCUGUUGCUAGCACUGUCGUUCUGCUCAUCAUCACAAUUUUUAUUUCAACAUAUAUUAUACAUAUAAAAUGCAUUCGUGCUCCCGACUAUGGCUCAGUUUGUUCAAGUUCUAUGAGUGGAACAACAUACUCAUCUGAGUAUACAACGGGCAGUCAUGGAUAUCAGAGUCCUUAUGUACCAUCAUCUCGCACACAUAAUGUCCAAGAUCAUGCAAGGACAUACUGCGUACCUCAAUCAGUCAGAUGA